CAAAAAUGCUGAGCUCCCAUUGACCUCAGCUGCUGACCUCAGAGACUAGACCAGGGACCAGAGUCUUCAAACCUCAACUGCCAGGAAAGGGGCAGGGCUGAGUCUAAUAGUGACUGAUUUUAAAGACACUGGAAAUGCAGAGCCCAUAUAUAGACUAUGAGAGCAGUCUCAGAUUUCACCAGAUUGCAGAGGACACCUUUCCUUUACUUUAGCAUGAAAAAGUUCUAAAAAAAAAAAAAAAAAAAAAAUCAAGCUAAACAAACUCUCUUCAGCGCCUCAAGUUCCUUUUACAGUGAUGGAAAACAGAAGCAGCAGGAUCAAUGACCUGCUCAUACAUGCCCUCAACAACCUCUCUCAGGAAGAGUUCAAAAGAUUUAAAGACAAACUAUCACACUCUGACUUUGAGGGGAAAGGUAACAUCCCCCGAGGUCGGCUGGAGAAUGCCGACAGGAUAGAUACGAAGAACCUCCUGAUGGCGUUCUAUGGUGGAGAUGCUGCAGUAGAUGUGGCCAUAGAAGUUUUCAAUCAGAUCAAUCUCAGAGAAGCUGCUGCUAACCUCAGAGAAGAAAGAGAGAAUGCUUUAUGUCCUAAACAAACACCCGGAAGACCAGAUUACAGGGUGAAAUAUAGAGAACACAUACAAAACAAGUACAGAGUAAUAAAAGACUUGAACUCUCGGCUUGGUGAGAACGUGACUCUAAACAGCAGAUACACAAAGCUGAUUAUUGUAAAGAAACAUUGUCACAAAAAGGAAAGAGAACAUGAAAUAAUGACCUUGGGAUGGAGACAUGAAGAAAUAAUGACUAAGCGAGCUAGUUCUAUCACCCUGGGUAAUUUAUUUAAAUGUGAUGAAGAUGGACAAACACCACAAAUUGUCGUGCUGCUGGGAGCUGCAGGGAUUGGAAAAACCAUGACAGCAAGAAAGAUUAUGUUUGACUGGGCAUCUGGAGAGCUCUAUAAGGAAAAGUUUGAUUAUGCUUUCUACAUAAAUUGUAGGGAAGUGAACUUUGGCAGUGAGCAAGGAAGAAUUGCUGAUUUGAUUUUAAAGAAUUGUCCUAAUAAAAAUGCACCAGUUGAAGAGAUUUUGAUAAAUCCAGAGAAACUCCUGUUUAUAAUUGAUGGUUUUGAUGAAUUGAGAUUUUCCUUGGAUCAGCCAGAAGACAAUUUGUGCUCUGAUCCCCAUGAGAAGCAGCCAAUGGAAAUUACAUUGAGCAGUUUAGUUCGGAAAACUGUUCUUCUUGAAUCCUAUGUAAUAAUCACUACGAGACCAACGGCUCUGGAGAAACUCAGACAGUGUUUGGAAUGUGCACGUUAUGCAGAGAUCUUAGGGUUUUCUGCAGCUGAGAGGGAGGAAUAUUUCCACAAUUUUUUUGGGAAUGAAGAAAAAGCAAGAAAAGCCUUUAACUUUGUCAAAGAAAAUGAAAUGCUCUUCACCUUCUGCUUUGUCCCCAUUGCGUGUUGGAUCAUCUGCACGGUUCUGAAACAGCAGAUGGAAGCAGGUGAAGAUCUUGCACAAACAUCCAAAACAAUCACUGGUGUAUAUAUGCUCUAUCUUUUCAGUUUAUUAAAGGGUCACAGCAGCAAUUCAAAGAAGCAAACACCAGCUAACUGGAAGGGACUUUGCUCCUUGGCUGCAGAUGGAAUCUGGAGACAGAAAAUACUCUUUGGGGAAGAAGAAAUCAAAAAGCACGGCUUAGAUAUAUCUGACUCCCUCUUUCUGAAUGAGAACAUGUUUCAAAAAGAUAUUGACUGUGAGUGUGUCUAUAGCUUCAUUCACUUGAGUUUUCAAGAGUUUUUUGCAGCUUUGUUUUAUGUGUUGGAGAAAGAAGAAACAACAACUGUGGAAGGUUCAGAAACUGCUAUGAACAAUGUGAAAAAAUUGUUAGAAAACUAUGGAAAAUCUAGAAAUUACUUAAUGUUAACAGUGCGAUUCCUGUUUGGUCUCUUAAAUGAAGAGAGAAUGGAGGACAUGGAGAAAAAACUUAGCUGCAAAAUUUCGCCCAAAAUUAAACCAGAAUUACUAGAGUGGGUUAAAACAAAACCAAAAAUAUUGUCCUUGUCCCUGGAGUCUGAGGAGCUGUUCUUGGAGCCUGAUGAGGAGUUGUCAUCCUUUAAACGUAAUGCUGAGAUGAUUUACCAGCUUGAGGAGUUUCACUGUUUGUAUGAAAUUCAAGAAGAGAGUUUUGUGCAAAGUGCACUAAAUCGCUUCACGGAGCUAUAUUUAGCUGAAUAUAAUUUUACCAAAAUGGAUCAAGUGGCUCUUUCAUUUUGUCUAAAAAACUGUUGUAAGCUGGAGACACUCUAUCUAAAUCUGUGCACGUUUGGAUUUGAAGACCCGAAUGAAGAUUCCCUAAGGCCACCCAAGCAGCCACGUUUGGAACAGCAUCAGGAUGAGCCGACAUAUUCACAUAUUUACCUGCUCUGUCAAGCAUUGAAGGAUCCAAACUGUAAAUUAAAGAAACUAAAGCUUACUAACGGCCAUCUCACGGAUGCUUGUUAUAGGGAUCUCUCCUCUGCUCUUAGUACCAAGCAGACCCUGACUGAGCUGGACCUGUCAAUGAACAACCUGGGAGACUCGGGAGUGAGGCUGCUGUGUGAGGGACUGAACCAUCCAACCUGCAAAUUGCAGAAAUUGGGGCUUUCUAACUGCCAUCUCACGGCCGUGUGUGGUGGGGAUCUCUCCUCUCUUCUCAGCACCAAACCCACCCUGAUGGAGCUCGAUAUAGGGGAGAACAACCUGGGGGAUUCAGGCGUGCAGCUGCUGUGUGAGGGACUGAAACAUCCACACAGCAAACUGCAGAAGCUGCGGUUGAUGAAUUGUGGUCUGACAGCCGGUUCCUGUGGGAAUCUCUCCUCUGUUCUCAGGGCCAAACCGACCCUGACUGAGUUGGAUCUUGCGCUGAACAACCUGGGAGAGGCAGGAGGAAUGAAGCUGCUGUGUGAGGGACUGAAACAUCCCGACUGCAAACUGCAGAAACUGAGGUUGAUGGGUUGCCAGCUCACAGCUGCUUGUUGUGAGGAUCUCUCCUCUGUUCUCAGUAUCAACCAGACUCUGACCGAGUUGGAGCUGAGGGGGAACCUCCUUAGAGAUUCAGGCGUGCAGUUGCUGUGCGAGGGACUGAAGCAUGCAAACUGCAAACUGCAGAAGCUGGGGUUGAAGAAUUUCCUUCUCACGGAUGCUUGCUGUGAGGAUCUGGCGGCUGUUCUCAGCAUCAGUGACAGCCUGACAGAGCUGGAGCUGGGUAUUGACUAUCUAAGAGAUUCCGGAGUGCAGCUGCUGUGCGAGGGACUGAAACACCCGAACUGCAAACUGCAGAAACUGGGUUUGUGGGGUUGUGAUCUCACAGCUGAUUGUUGUGGGGAUCUCUCCUCCGCUCUCAGCACUAACCAGUACUUGACAGAGCUGGAACUGGGGUAUAAUGAACUGGGAGAUGCUGGAGUGCAGCUGCUGUGUGAAGGAGUGAAGCAUCCAAACUGCAAACUGCAGAAACUAGGGUUGGAGCAUUGCAGUCUAACCGCUGCUUGUUGUGGUGAUCUCUCCUCUGCGCUAAGCAUGAACCAGCACCUGACCGAGCUAGAUAUAGGGAGAAACAAACUGGGAGAUCCAGGAGUGCAGCUGCUGUGUCAGGGACUGAAACAUCCCAACUGCAAACUACACAAAAUAAGCUUGGGCUAUCAGAGUGUAACUGAAGAAACACAGGCAGAGCUGGAUGCUGUGAAAGACACAAAACCUGAUCUGGUCAUAGAGAUAUGGUAGGGCUGGUGAGCGAGAGCCACUGAACCAGCAAGGCUCUGACCUGGCUGCCCUGCCACUAGCUGAGGAAGCAGGCUGUGGGGAGGGGGAACCCUGCCCCUUUUAAGGAGGACCCCAGCAACAUAUUUCAGCAUCUGUGGUAGGGGGCUGAGUAGAGAUUGUCAGGCCCAGCCCUCCUGCCUGAGGGUGAGAGGCUCAGGAGUAGGAGCUGGAUUUGCUCCAUGCUUGGUCUGACCUCGG